AUGGCGCCAGUCCUCCCCUCCGACCGCCGCCCGAUCGUCAUCUCCGGCCCCUCGGGCGUUGGCAAGGGCACCCUCUACAAGCUUCUCUUCGAGCGCCACCCGGACACAUUUGCCCUCUCCGUCUCCCACACCACUCGCGGCGCCCGUCCGGGCGAGCAGGAUGGCGUCGACUACCACUUCGUCACGCGCGAGGCUUUUGACGACCUCGUCGCCCGCGACGGCUUCGUCGAGCACGCCGUCUUCGGCAGCAACGCCUACGGCACCUCCAAGGCCACCAUUGAGGAGCAGUCCGCCAAGGGCAAGCUCGUCGUCCUCGACAUCGAGAUGGAGGGAGUCAAGCAGAUCAAGCAGUCCAACUUCCCCGCUCGCUACAUCUUCAUCGCGCCGCCCUCGGAAGAGGAGCUCGAGAAGCGCCUUCGCGGCCGCGGGACCGAGAAGGAGGAGAGCAUCCAGAAGCGCCUCGCCCAAGCCAAGCUCGAGCUUGAGUUCUCAAAGACCCCCGGCGUCCACGACAUCAUCAUUGUCAACGACGACCUCGAGAAGGCCUACAAGGCCCUCGAGGACUUUGUCUACAAGUCCUCCUAA